UACUUUCUAUAACAUAUGGAAAUGUUGAAGCAUUAUUUAUCAGUAGAUCUGUUUCUUUUGUCUCCCUUUAGUGACCAUGUCGGACUCUGUGGACGCCAGACAAGUGAAUGCCAAAGAGGAUCCGUAUCUCACCGAUGCCAGAGGUGAUCAGACGGAUGCCGGAGGCGAUCAGACGGAUGCCAAACCACGUUCAGAUGAUUUUCAAUACAACAUGAACUACCCCAGUAUGGGACAAUGUGUCAUCCUCAACAACAAGAAUUUCCAUAAAAAAACAGGAAUGGGGGUUCGUAAUGGAACAGACCAGGAUGCAAAGAAUGCGAUGGAGACCUUCACAAAUCUAGGCUUCAAAAUUAAAAUUACCAAUGACCAGACAGUCUCACAGAUGAGAGAUCUGUUAGCUAAAGUGUCUCAGGAAGAUCAUAGUCAGUCGGCCAUGUUUGUGUGUGUGUUGCUGAGUCAUGGAGAUGAUGGAAAGAUAUAUGGUACAGACGGCUGCAUUGAGCUAAAGCAACUGUUUACACUCUUCAGAGGAGACCGCUGCAGAUCACUGGUGGGGAAACCCAAGCUUUUCUUCAUUCAGGCUUGCAGAGGCUCAGAACUAGAUGGUGGCAUUGAGGCCGACAGUGUUGGUGAAGAGGAUACACAGAAGAUUCCUGUUGAGGCAGAUUUUUUUUAUGCCUACUCCACUCCACCAGGUUAUUACUCCUGGAGGAAUGUUGGUAAUGGUUCCUGGUUUAUCUUCUCGCUGUGUGAGAUGCUGUCAAAAUAUGGCAAGGAACUGGAGAUCAUGCAGAUCAUGACACGUGUUAACCACAAGGUGGCGCUGGACUUUAAAUCCUCCUCCAAUCUGCCAGGGUUUGAUGGCAUGAAACAGAUCCCAUGCAUUGUGUCUAUGCUGACCAAAGAACUCUAUUUCUCUAAAUAAUUCAUGUGUAUUGUACUGAUUACAUUGCAGUGGGUAUGAACACUUUUAAAUCAUUUUGAAUAAUAUUAUGCAGCCAUUUAAAGCACUGCAAACAAAGGGGGAAGAAGGGAUAAAUGGAAUUUAUUUAAUCACAAAUAUUUUAAUUGAUCUGUAUCUUU